CGAAUCAUUUUCUCUCAGAGCUUCACUCUUUAAAGUAUUUCAACUUAAUAAAGACAAUUUUCAAUGGCAGACGUCGCACCAGCAGCAACAGCAGAUGCACCUCCAGCACCAGCUCCAGCUGCACCAGAAGCACCAAAACCUAAUGGACCAGCUUAUUGGAAGUUCCCCCCAAAACCAAAACGUAAAGGAAGUUUAGAGGGAAUCGACGAAGAUACAAAAUUAAGCCGAGAUCAACUGAAAACUCUCAAGGAGGCUUUCAGAAUCUUUGACAGUGACAACACCGGAUGCAUUCAAUUGGAUGUCGUGAAGGAAAUUUUAACUCUCUUCAAUGGUCAUGAAGUUGAUGAUGAUGAAUUAAAUGAAGUCAUGGAAGAAUUUGAUGAAGAUGAAAAUGGAACCAUUGAAUUUCCAGAAUUCAUUAAAUUAGCUGAAGAAUUUGUUGAACCUGAAGAAGAUUACAAUACAGCUAAGAAAGACUUAAGAGAAAUCUUCAUGAUGUAUGAUCGAGAACAGAAAGGCUACAUUCCAGUUGCUGACUUUAAAGCAAUUCUCAAAGAACUUGAUAAUGAUCUUAGUGAUGAUGAAGCUGAACAAAUGGUCAAAGAACUUGACAGUGAUUGCAGUGGAACUAUUGAGUUUGAGGAAUUUAUUGAUGCAAUGUUGGGCGAUGACGAUGACAGAAGAUAUUAAAUAAUUGUAUGAAUGUUCUCAAUGCUUAAAUAAAAUAAUUAAAAUGUCAAAACU